UCUCUUCAGUCUGCCAGUGGCUCUUGUAAAUAAUAUAUUGCUUUAAGCAAAAUAAAAACGAAACUCUCUCGGUGAGAGAAACCUUGAAACUUUCAUUUUCAUGGAAAAUCCCUCGCAUUCUCGGAAACCAAACAGGGAUUUUGCUCAAGCUACACUCACCAAACGAACAACUUCUUGCAAUGCGGCCACCAACUUCUCCAGCAAAACCAUGUACGACGACGUUUUUGGUGGUCCGCUGAGUUUCGGUACAUGUAGUGGCCCGGCUUUGUCGCCGAGGCCCGAGGACUAUACCGAAAUUUUCAGCGGAUUCCACGCGUCUCGUGGCGCGUCGAUUCCGGUAUUGGAUCUUCCGCCGGUAGACGACGGUGUCGAGGUGAUGUUUGAUGUACGGGACCCCAGGUUUGACUACGGCGACGUUUUCGGUGGAUUUGACGGCUUGGAAUUCGUUGCUUCGUACGAGGAGCUGAUGAGAUCAGCCAAUGGUGGUGACGAUAGUCAUGAUCUGGAUGGUGAUUCAUCAGAAGAAGCUUGGAUGCAGGCAGAAACUGAGUCUCUUUCAGGAGGAUCAGAUCGUUCUGGAAAAUAUCAGUACGUCUCCGAUGGAGGUUGUUACGAGCCAGUUGAUAGCAGUAUGGGAUUCAAUAUAUCAUAUCAUAAGGCUAAUCUUAGAAGCAACGGGGGCAUGUCAAAUGGGGAUAGGCAGGUUGCUUGGCUGCAUGCUGAUCCUGAAUCUGCUUGUAUAAUUGAAACUCCCUUGCAAAAGGCAGACAAUAAGAAUCCACCAUUGCAUGUGACUGAUGACAUUGAUUUUGCGAUCACUGGGGGAAUUACAAAGAAAAAACAGCUUAGAAGAAUUGCGUCCCAUCCUUCUAGCCGGACUACUGGUGAACAAAUAUUUACAAACAAUUUGACCCAAAGAGAAUGCGGAAGAAAUGGCACUUGUUCUAAAGAGAUGUUUGUAACAAUUUCAGAUAUCAACCUAAGAACUGUGCCGUUACAUGUGCCACCUCCCUCUAGACCUCCGCCACCUGUCAAUGUCAAAAGUGGUGGCUGUCAAUAUGAUCCUUCUGGAGGGAGAUUGGGUGAUAGCUCACCUCCUUUCUUAGAUGUUGAGGUAGAUGUGAGCUCAGCUGCUGUGUCCUCUGCCUCUGCUGUGAAAGAAGCUAUGGACAAAGCUCAAGUAAAGCUGAAGAACGCGAAAGAAGUACUGGAUAGGAAGAGGGAUGGCAUCAAAAGCUCUACAAAACUAGGCUCAAAAUCUGAUGGAAAAGUUAAGAAGGAAAGGGUCGGUAAGGCUGUUGAUGGGUCCAGAGAUAUAAAAGAUGAGAGAGCAGAGGGCAUUUGCGGAAAAGAAGACAGUGGCAUGAAAAUACCUGUUAGAGAGGAAAGUCAAAAAGCUCUGAAAAGCCAGGUACUUGAGUCACUAGAAGGCAAAAAACUCUGUAAUGUGCCCAAAAGAUUUGCAGUUGAGGUGCACGGGAAGGAUUCCCUAUCAACUCAAGAGUUUAAUGGAACUGAUGAAUGGCAGGAAGCAACUCAAUCUUCUGAAUUUUUUAGAACUGAUAAGUCAAGAAUGGGUUUCAAGCAGACAAACAAUGAGGAGGUUUUGGUCCAGUGUACGAAAUCUCAUGAGCUUCGGCAUAAAGCCAAAAAGGCGAGCAUCAGAGAAUUGGAGCAUCAACUAAAAAGUGGUAUGAAAGUAGAAGCUGUCAGGGAAGACCAUGAACUAGAGAAAGCUGAGAAAGAUAUGAAAACAGCUAAAGAAAGUCAUGGAAGAGGGGAGUUCCCUGCAAUAACGAAACCAGCUAAAGAGGCUUGCAGGCAUAAAGAGCAGGAGAAAAAAGUAAAAGCAGCUCAAAAUGUCACUGAACUAGAGGAGAAUGGGCAAUUUAUAACAGCGCGGAAUCCUUUGGAAAAUUGUGAGCAAUCAACUAGAGCUGAUGAAUUAGGAAAAUGUGAGAAAGGGGUAUAUGCUCAACAAAAAGACAAUGAACUUGAAGUUGGGCUGGCCGUGGAACAGAAAGAGAAUGGACGGCAGGAGAAAGAAACUGGUAAAAGUAAUGAAAAUCUGAAAAGAGUCCACAAGCGUCAAGAAAGGGAAGAUGAGAAGAAAAGCUGGACGGAGAGUUUUGGGCAAGAAAGAACCGAGACAAAGCACAAAGAGGUUCUUGUAAAAACAGAGCCUGAGAAGAGGUUGAGAGAGGGUGUUGACCAGGAAGAAAAAGAGAAGAAAUUGAAGGAAACUUGUGAACGAGAAGAAAAGGAGAAGAAAGAGAAGGAGGUGUGUGAGCUAGAUGAAAGUGAGAUAUGGAGAAUGGCUCUUGAACAGCUAGAGAAUGAGAAAAGACUAAAACAAGCACAUUUGCAGGAAGAAAAUGAGAGUGGAAUGAGAAAUGCUCUUGAAGAGGAAGAUACAGUGAAUAAACAAAGAGAGGCCAGUAAGAAAGAUGAAACUAACAAAAGAGCAAAGAAGGUUACUGAGCAAGGAAAGGAUGAGAGACAACUAAAGGAGGAAACAGUGAAUAGACUAAAAGAGGCUUAUGAAAAAGAAGCAGUUGACAAAGGGCUCAAAGCAGCUUGUGAAAACGAAAACAUUGAGAAAAUGCUAGAGGAGGCAAUCAAGCAAAAAGAUUACAGCAAACAAGCGAAAGAGGUCCCAGAUACAGAAGAUCGACUGAAACAAAAAGUAGUUGAGCAGGAAGAAAUUGAAGAAUUGAAGGGAGAAAGCUAUGUGUACCAGCAAAUUGAAAGAGAUGAAAGCGGGAAGAAACAGAAAAUUGCUCAAGGAACUCUUCAGCAUGUGGAGGGAGAGCAUCAUGGGGCAUUUGAUGUGCUAAAUAAACUGGAUUAUAGCAAGAAACAUCAGGAAAAUCAAUUGCUUAGAAAUAAUGAUGAUCAAAACUGUGAUGAGCUGGAAGAAACUGAAGAGUUCAUUCUUUUAGAAAAUGGAAAGAUGGAGACUGUAUUUAGAUGCAGUGAAAAGAAUCCAGAAGCAAGGGGGAAAGGGGAUGUUGAUGGGAAGUUCAAAGCAUCAGGAAUGUCACCUUCUGACUUGGAAUUUGAAGUUAACCAGUUUAGAAAGGAUGAUAUCUCCAUCCUGUGUCCUGAAGAUGAGAGCGUGAAGAAAGCUGGUGAAGCUAGAAUUGGCAUAGGACAAAGAAACGCUAAGAAUAUUAACAAUGCCCCUGGAAGAGACUCUGAAAGUGACAAGCAGGGGUUGAAAUUUGCUUAUGAAUGGAGGGAGAGAGCAAGGAAUAUCAAGGAGGCCCAGGUUCCCUCACAUCUAGAAGAAGACAAGGAUGAGUAUGUAUCAGCUCAAGCGGUGAAAGAGUCUUUUGAAACUGGAAGGAAAUCAGAAGCUGCUAAGGCAUCUGUGAUAGCUAAAGGAAGCAUUCACGGAACCUUUCAUCAAGUUAAGAUAAGCCAGAGCAUAGAAAGUAAAGACAAGAAUAUUGACGACAGCCUUACACCUGAAGAGGAGGUUGAAAGGCUGAAAAGAGAAAGAGCACUGGAAAAUGAACGUCUUAGAACAAUAGAAGAAAGAGAGAGGGAGAGGGAAAGGGAAAAAGAUAGGAUGGCUAUUGACAGAACGGUUCUUGAAGCUCAUGAGAAGGCAGAAAGGGCUGCUCUAGAAAGAGCAACUGCAGAAGCUCGUCAAAGAGCAAUGGCAGAGGCACAUGACAGAUUAGAGAAGGCAUGUGCAGAAGCUAGGGAGAAGUCUUCUAUGGAGGCCAGACUCAGAGCAGAACGUGUUGCUGUGGAGAGGGCAACUGCAGAGGCUCGAGAGCGUGCUGUGGAAAAAGCGAUGGCUGAAAGGGCUGCUUUUGAGGCAAGAGAGCGAGUAGAACGGUCUAUGUCACAUAAGUUUUCCACUUCUAGAAACAGUGGAAUGAGAACAAGCUCUUCAUCCUCUGAUCUACAAGAUCAGCAAUUUCAGAGCGCCAACACUUUUGGUGGUUUACAAGUCCCUUAUGCCUCUGCAUAUAGUGGGGUUGAAGGAGAACCAGCUCAGAGGUGUAAAGCUAGAAUGGAGAGAUAUCAACGAACGGCUGAGCGUGCGGCAAAAGCUCUUGAAGAAAAGAGUAUGCGUGAUCUUCUUGCUCAAAGAGAGCAAGCAGAAAGAAAUCGAUUAGCAGAAAUUCUGGAUGCUGAUGUCAAGAGGUGGUCUAGUGGGAAAGAAGGGAACCUGCGUGCCUUGCUUUCAACUUUACAAUAUAUCCUUGGCCCUGACAGUGGUUGGCAUCCUAUUCCGCUAACUGAAGUCAUAACUUCAGCUGCUGUAAAGAAAGCUUACAGGAAAGCCACUCUUUGCGUUCAUCCCGACAAAUUACAGCAACGGGGUGCAAGUAUUCAGCAGAAGUACAUUUGUGAAAAAGUCUUCGAUCUUCUAAAGGAAGCUUGGAACAAAUUCAACUCAGAAGAGCGGUAGAGCAGUUUUUAUAUGAAUUCACUAUGUUUAUGUAAAUUUACCCUGUCAGCAAGGUAAAUAUCCCCAUAUCUAUUUUAUAUUUCUACUACUACGUGUAACUAUGUAAGCCACAAAACAUAAAUAUACAUGGAAAACGUGAUUGUUAUGUUUAUUUUGUUAUCUAAUAAAAUACAUAAAUUAGGCA